ACAACACAGCUUGGGAACUGAAAAAGCUACAGAUCCAGCCACUCAACUCGGGGGAGUCAGGGAGGAAUCCUCCGCAUUCUCCCGGCCCAGAAACGAGGGAAGAAGCCAAAGUGAGCAAUACUUAACAAAGCCAUUUAAGGACCAGAAGGCGGGGAGGUAACUACCUGCUGAAAAGGGAAUUUUCUUUUUAACAUAUAUUUAAAAAGAAAAAAAGCCAAAACAACUUAGCACUGCCUUUGAUGUAAUGGCAUCCGAUCACUGAUCAGAUUACAGGCAUUUGGUCUCUGUGCUCGUCUGCCUUUGAUCUGCACGGUUAAUUUUAUUUUCCUGGAUUUGGAGUUUCGUCCGGGCUUGUGCUGACACACAUUUUUGGGGGAGGAAGAAGCAUUUGGUACAGAAGUGGUGCCAGUGUGAAACUAAAUUACUGAAAGGGCGGAGACUGGAGAGAUUUCAGCACGUUGCAGUUUUCGGAUUGGGAAUAUAAUUCAUCAGAAGAGAUGGAAUCUAAAAGAUCACCAAAAGAACUAUUAUUCACCAUAGCAUUUUUACUAGCACAUUUGCCACAUAGAAUAAUGUCUGAAACAGGAGACUGCAGACAACAAGAAUUUAGGGAUCGUUCUGGAAACUGUAUCCCCUGCAAACAAUGUGGUCCAGGGAUGGAGCUGUCUAAGGAAUGUGGCUUUGGUUAUGGGGAGGAUGCACAGUGUAUGACAUGCAGGCCGCACAGAUUCAAGGAGGACUGGGGCUUUCAGAAAUGCAAACCCUGUCUGGAUUGUGCAUUAGUGAACCGAUUUCAGAAGGCCAACUGUUCUGUCACCAAUGAUGCUGUUUGUGGGGACUGCUUACCGGGAUUUUACAGGAAGACAAAGCUUGUCGGCUUUCAAGACAUGGAGUGUGUACCUUGUGGAGAUCCACCACCCCCAUAUGAGCCUCACUGUACAACCAAAGUCAAUCUUGUGAAGAUCCCAUCCACCACCUCCAGUCCACGAGACACUGCUCUGGCGGCUGUGAUCUGUAGUGCGCUUGCCACUGUUUUGUUGGCCCUGCUCAUCCUUUGCGUCAUCUACUGUAAGAGGCAGUUCAUGGAGAAGAAGCCCCGCUGGUCUAUGAGAUCACAGGAUAUCCAGUACAAUGGGUCAGAGCUGUCAUGUUUUGACAGACCUCGGCUUAAUGAAUAUCCUCACAGAACUUGUUGUCAAUGCCAUCAAGAUUCAGCACAGACUUGUGGGCCAGUUCACUUGAUUCCCUCCUUGUGCUGUGAUGAGACCUGUAGCAUGGAUCAUGGCACUCGGGGCUGUGCUCUCCACUCCAGGACCACCCUUCACGAAAGGAAUGCAAGUUCAGUGGGGGAAAUGCUUCCAACAUUCUUUGGUUCCAUUUCGCACUCCACCUGUGGCGAGCUUUCAGAUGCCUGGCCACUCAUGCAGAAUCCCAUCUGCAGUGACACACUCUCUCUCUCUGAAUCUUACUUGGAACUUAAUGGAGGAGAGAGAAAUUCACUCAACCUGGAAACCGAAAACUCAGCCACUUUGGAUUCAAACAGUAGCCAGGACCUGGUGGGUACAGUGGUUGCACUUCCACCUCAUCCUGAAAACUUGGCAGAAACUACUGAAUGGUCUCAACAAAAUACACUGACAGACUCAUCACUAACUCAGGAGACUUCAUCUUUUAGAAACCAACUGGAGCAAGAGAAUGAGGAAACCCUGAAUAUGGUCCCCCAACCUUCCCUCCAGGAAGCCUAAAGGACUCUUUUCUCCCAGGAAUGGAAGUGUACGUAACCCUAAUGCCACUCUGCUAACACUGGGGAACCGAACCCUGUCUGGACCGUGGAUGGUUUCUGACAAAGCUCAAUGGAACUGGCCACAUUUCAACUCUUUCAGGCAAUUGUGUCUGAGCCAGACCAGCUGGGAGCUGAAACCCCAGGGCACAACUUGAGAAAAGACUAAAAGCAGAUUCAUGAUACAUUGCAUCUCUUCCAAACAAGCCGUUUCCACGCUACGUGUGUGACUGAAAAGACUAAAGCCUUGAGCUUGAAGCUAAAGAGAUUACGUCCAUGUGACUGGAAACAGAAUUGAGUUGAACUUAUUAUAUUCCUCCGCCGAACGGCUGCAUGAGACUGAAGAGAUGGCGCGUUUGUGGACCUUCAUGUUUUGUUUUCAAAAACAAAUACAGUAAAUGGCAUCAUCCUAGACAUCAGAUUGUUUAGUUUUGAUGUAGAAGGAACUUAAAAGUAAGUUCUUCUGCUUGUGCAAAUGACCUUUUAUGGUAAUCUAAGCUCUCUAGCCCAGGUGGUUAGUGUUAAUGAGGCCAAAGGCUCAGGGUGAUCUCUACCCAGGUUGGUUAACAUCUCACAAAGAAGAACCCAUACAUAGACUGCAUCCCCAGUGGUAACCAGGAAUCUGACAAAUGUUAUGUUCUUGGUCACAAUGGAGAGUCCACAAGAGAGUGUGGAUGGCUCAGUCUUCUAUCACCAUUACUGCCCCUCCCCCAAAAGUAACAAUGCACACAGCUUGCCACCAGUAUAUCAUCUUUGUGUACAAUGGACAAUACACACAUGUAUGCAUUGAUGAGGAAGCUUUUUAUUGUUACAUUUGUUUCCAAGGCUGAGCUUCCAAUGCUCGGAAAUGUCUAUGUCAUAAUUAAACAGUAUUUCUAGGAUAAAGAGCUUUUAUGAAAGUAGUGCCUUUUGUAUUGAAGGCUUAAUAAGCUGUAACAUAGCAGGUUCAUCCACUGUUAGAGUGUAGAAUUUGUUAGUAGCCUUUGACAAAACUCCACAGUACUUUAAAGCCAGAAGAGUAUUCAAAAUGUGUCUGUUAUGUUGCAGUAUGUUAUGGUACUGAAGCCUCUUCCUGCCCCCACCAGAAUUACUAACUGCCUAUAGGAGGAUGGGAGAGUCAUAACAGUGCUCUCACUCCAUCCCUGUCGCCUUGGAAUUUUUACUCUUAAGUGAUUUGCUAGGAAAAAAAAAUAGCCCUGUUCGGGUGAAAAAGAAAUGUGCCUGGUAUGUUUUUGAAGUUCAUUCCCUUUUCCUGUGGCUGAGGAAAAGAUAAAGAGGGCUCCCCUUCUCACCACGAGAGCCUACACAAUGAGAUUUGCCCUGUGUCUUUUAACCAGUUCCUCUUGUUAACUCUUGGCCACAUUUGCACUUUUAAACAUUGAUUUUUAUCUCAUCAGCAUCGUCCCUUUUUUUCCAAUCCUUUUAUGUAUUUAAGGUUUAAAGCUGACAUUCAUUUUUCCCCCAGGCUUGUUAAAGUCCAUCUUUUCAAGCAGAUUCUUCCCUCUCUUUUUGUACACUGUGGUUUGAUAACAGUGAGAAACAUAGUAUGUCCCCUUCCACGUAGCCUAACCUCUCUCUGGUCAGUGUGGGGCAGAGGUACAUCUUUGUUAGCUUGUCUUGUGUUGGCUUUUUUUUUCCCAUCUCAUUACCUCACUUCCUUCCAGCUGAAAAAGGAAAUUACAUGGUUUUUCAUAGUCUAUAAUCUUCCAUGUCUACCACGUGGGCAAACAGAAUUGAAUUUUUUUUUAAAGUAUAAACAUUACUAUCAGGUAAGUCAAAUAUUUGCAUCGGAGCAGUCUUGCACAUUGCAGCAUUAAGAAAAACAUUAUACCCACUAAAAAGGAAUUCCAGUAUCCAUUAUUUGCAGGACACUUUGCUAACCAAGAGCUAACAGGAAUGUUUAUAGCACAGCCAGAGGAAGAAACUUGGUUUUCAUGUUAAAGAAACUACACUUUGGAAGUAUUAUGAAAUUCAUCAUUGGAUCAAAAGUCUAAGCUCAUUUUACUCAUGUAAACACCUUUGACCUUUGUGAAAAUCAUCUUUGGGAAAACCUCUGUCAUGGGCAAUUUCCAUAGAUUCUUUAAAAAUACUUUUGAAAAUGUAGUCAGUCUCACCACAAGCAGGUCUUACUGCAUUUAGGUCAACAAAGAGAAAGUCUCCAAGUAUAGUAAGGGGCAUCAGUUUAAAUGACCUAUUGUAACUCAUGCAUACAUGUGAUUGAUUCCAAUUAUUUUCCAUAUCCUUGGAGAUUUAGAGAUAGAAAGAACCUUAGAAAUCAUCUUGAUCCAACCUCCUCGCUUUACAGUUGAGGAAACUGAGGCCCAGUGACUUCAAAUAACUUGCCCAAAGUCACAUGGCUAGCUAGUGACAUAGGCAAGAGCAGAACCCAGGUUUUCUGGCUCCCAAUCUAAUGUUUUUCUCCCUAUACCCUGCUACUUUUGUUAUGACAAAAUAGCAGCGGAAUGGUUUGCUUUUUUAAAUCACCCUUGUGUACUCUCAGUAUUUUUUUUUCCAUGUAAAGAACUCUUACUGACUUCGAAGUCAGACACUGCAAGAGAGCACUCAACGAUGUGAAUGAGAUUUUGGCCUUGGAUCUCAAAACAUCCCUUCUGAUCCUCAGAGUAAUGCAAGGCCAUAUCACUACCGCCUGCUGAAGAAGCAUCCGAUAACGUUCUCUGAGCUUGGUUAGUAUUUUACAGAAAGGCAGCGCGCAUUUCAGAUUCCUAAAGAUAUUAUUGGAAUGUUGCAUAGCAGUCAACAGGCUGACCUUUCAGGGUACGUGUGCCAAGGAACUCAGACAAUUCAUGAUUUAAAGCACAUAGCCUGUUGGGGUUUACAGUCAGUGUGAUCAUUUUGGUUCAAGAGCAUUGGGGGUGUGCUGGAACCAACAUGAACUAGUUCUCAAGAGCUGAUUAUUAAAUUUUCAGUAUGAGCAUUUACACCUUGGAAAUCAGCAAAUGCUAUAGUUCAGGACUUGAUUUCUUGUUUUGUUGAUUGCCUACACUUAAUAAAAUGAUGGGGAAAAUGUUGAUGAUGCAGAUAAAAUUGAAAAGUGUGUCAUGCAUACUUUUUUUUGUUUGUUUUGGAGAGCUGAUUGUUAAUUUACUAGUUUACCCCCUGAAUAGUUUUCUGUAUGAAAUUCAUUCAAAGAAUGAAGUGUCUAUUGAGAUCACUGAAUUAAAGCACAGGAUUUCCCCCUUCCCUCUUAAUGUAAAUUGUACAUAUUUUUUUUUUAAAAAAUAGAUUUUUCUACUUUGAAUUGCUAUUGUUUAUGUUGCUUAGGUCAAGCACUGUGGUGUGUGCCAGUAGAAAACGUCCAUUGCCACUUUAAGGAUGUCAGCUUGAAUGAACUUAGUUUGUAUCAUUGCUUUUUUUUUGCAUAUGAGACUUUUUAAAAAAAUUCUAUAAGUUAUAGUUUUCUUGCACAAAUAGUUGUGUGAUGCUUUUUUUAUUUGUGAAUAAAAUCGCUACUUAAAUUGUUCUUA